AUGUCGGCCACCGAUAACUUUUCCAAGACAUACCAAAUACCGUUUACCGGAGACUAUGACUUAUACAGAGCAGAACUCGAGCAUUUUGAUGAAGAAAAUCAUUCCAUCAAAAAAGGGGAGAAUAAACGUGAACUACCCAAGAGACGCAACUAUGUCGUUAUAAAACGCAUCCUCCCAAGAGAAGAUGAGCAAGAAGAACAAGUGUUCUAUACAGAAGUUAAAAUGCUUGACACUUGCAAGCAUCCAAACAUAGUCAAACUACUUGGACUAUGUGUUGAAGGUUCUGAGAUGAUCCUUGUCAUUGAGCAUCUUUCUAAUGGAUACCUUCUUGACGGUUUAUUAAACACUGGCAUCCGGCAUACUCUUACUUGGGUAAAACGUUUGAGAAUUUGUCUCGAUGUUGCAAAUGCAUUAAAUUAUAUUCACAUUCAUUCUCAAAUGGGGGGGAAAAUACGCUAUAAUAUAAAGAGUGCCUACAUUGGAUUGGACGAGAACUGGGACGCAAAAGUUAUUGAAUUUGGGUUAUCGGGGUUCUGGAAUCAAGUUGACCAAGGUCUCCACCCAACUCGAGAUCAUAUUUAUCAUACUCACAUUAACCAUAGUGUACCCUAUGAUCCAGAAUAUAGCAUGACUGGUAUGUUUAAAAGAGAAACAACUGUAUAUAGUUUUGGGGUGCUUCUGUUUGAAGUCUUAUGUGGGAGUGAAUGGUCUAUCUCAAGAUACUUUAAAAAAGUUGAGGAAGGGCCGAUAUCUUUCGUAUCAGGACGCCGCUUCCAAGAUGGAACAAUAUCAAUGGAAAAGAUAGAUUCAUAUGAAACACUAUUAAUGGAAAUGAUAGAUCCCAUAUUGAAAAAAGAAUCUGGGGAAAACAACUUUAUCUUCAAAAGAAAACCCAACAAAGAUUCUUUGCAAAUGUUUGUUGAAAUUGCACAUAAAUGCAUAGCGGAAACUCAAGAACGACGUCCUACACUCGAAAUGGUCAUUCAGGAGCUUCAAAAAGCCUUGUCCUUUGAGGUAACCCUAUUAAUUACUAUAUUAUUAUCUUUAAACUAG